AUGGCGAUUCACAAGGUAACCCCCAUCCUCGUGACAGGUAGUCUAUUCUUGGGACUACUCCUCGCCAUCACCCAGAGCCAGCAGGAGUGGUUUCUCCGUGUCGGCACCGGUAUAGCGUUCCUUGCAAGAGCCCUGUUAUCAGGAGCUGUCGGAUUCGCAUAUACGCAAAUACUGUGGCGAAUCCUAAGAUCAAAAUCUGUCACUAUCGAGGGAGUCAACUCGCUUUUUGCUGCGCCAGCACCUGCUACAGUCACUAUAAUAGCUUGCUGGGUAAAUGACUCUAUCCCCACUGUACCAGCACCCUUUCCCAAAUCCUCAUAUUCCGUUGACUGUUAUGGCCCUUCAAUUUCAUGCAAUACACCUAGCAACGCGUCCUUCGCAAAACCUCUAGCUGAAGCCGUCAAUAACGAGACCUGCUGUGGAGACUUUGCCGGAUACGUUGGGUUUGUUCCAAGCGGUCAAACUAUGAAUAACACUGAUGAGGGCUAUGCCUUGGCCGCUAAGCUCUACGUUGCCGUGCCGGGUAAGCCCAUGUCGAGCAGUUACAUAAUGGCAAACAAGUCGAUCAAGUGCCAGAUCUACAAUUCUUCCUAUGCCGUCAACUUGACAUUCGACAACUGUCAACAGAAUAUUACCUACAAGUCUAAAAGAUUGAACGGAGUGACGUCCAUUGACGCCGCUCUCACCAAGGCGAACACAGGCUCCAGUCAGUUCAAUGCCACCGUUGCUUAUAUCUCGCUCAUGGGUUCCCUGGGCAAGCUGCUGCUUGGGAGUUUGGGAAUAUCGCACUAUGGUGUUAUGUGUCCAACUCAGACGCAGAUCAUGAGCUCUGUUCUUAUGGAUGCCAAAGAGAUGCAGGUCCUUGGAGACGUGAAUACAGAGACGGACCGUUCAGAAACACCGGAGUCUGUGAUUGGGAAUAUCUCCAUGUCUGAUACAUUGGAACAGCUAUUUACAAAUUCCACGAUAAGUCUGUUUAGUAACUCAAAAUUACUGCAAAACGAUACCGUCGCAUCUCGUGGUCCCAUUACAUAUCUCUCCACGCAAAUCGCCUUCUCUUCUGAGUCUCGCAACCUCUUCAUCGCGUAUGGACUAGGCAUACUGGCUUCUGCGAUUGUUAUCAUCAUAGGGCUUCUGUGCAUUAAGUCUGCAUCGGCAUCCUAUGCAACUUCUUUCUCAACUAUUCUACGGACUACAAGGAACCCUGAUCUUGACACUAUGAUCCCCACAGCGAAAACAACGGGAGCAGAGCCUUUGUCGAGGCAUGUUGGCGACAUGCGCCUAGUAUUGCGACGCCAGAGACGCAGACUAGAAGGAAUGGAUGAAGAUAUGGUGACUCUAUUUGCUGUGGACUAUAUGCCGGAUAAGAAAGGGACACAGAGAGAAUCUCCAUAUGAUUCGUCUCGCCAAGGGGAUAGAGAGCAUCAAUCUUCAGAUGCAAGUAUUGAGCUUUUAAGUGAUGAUGAACACUCAACUGUUAAAGUAAGCAAUGGGAAUGGAAAUAGCAGGAUCCUCCCUCGUGGUACUUGA